GUAUAUAUUGAUGCAUUUAAUUUUGUUAAUAUAUUCAUCAGUCGCUGAAGUUUACAAAAUUGAUUUACAAAAUACAUUAAAAGAGACAAUUGAAAGGCAAACAUACAUUAGUGAUAAUGCCGUCAAAAGGAUUAGACGGGCCAUCACUACAUCACAGGUUCUUACAUUUAAUAUAACAAAUGCACUAAUUUUGUUGGGAUUGAAAGCUAUAUUAAUCGGCGCCGGAAUAUUAGGCAAAAUUUCGUUUUGGAAAUAUCCGAAUCUCGGAGGUGUUCCAAGUGGUCGUGUCCUCAAUUCUAGCGACCAUUUGGCCGAUCAAACGGCCAAUCAAUUGUAUUAUUCAUUGAUUUCAAAUGAAGACAUAAGAUGGUCAUCGGCUUAUAUCUGGGCCAUCAAUAAAAAUGAUUUCGGAUGUCUGUAUCAACUCGCCUGUCAAAAGAGACACUCGGCUAACAUAUAUCUAAAAAACGGCAGAUAUUUGGCCAAAACAAUUGAUACCAUAUUCAGUUAUUUGAAUGUUUCUUAUAAUAAACAUUAUUAUGAGAUAAUUUUGAACGGAAUACAAGAAGCUAUGGAUUCAAGUGGUGGUAAUAGCGGUGAUGUCGAUGACGAUGAGUGCCAAACAAAGUACAGGUGCAGCGCUCCGUUUGGUGGACUCAAUCUCAAACAAAUACUCAAUAAUUUUGGCUAA